AUUGUUAUAAAUUUCGCUUUACUUUUGAAUUAUGUAUGUUCAGCAGGUUCCUCUUUAAGUGACCAAGUCCACCAGACUCCAGCUAAUAUUUACACAAAAGAAGAAGAUGUUAAAAUCGACUGCUCACACAGUAUUCAAAGCUAUCACCUAAUCCUCUGGUACAAGCAGUCAAAGAAACAACUGCUGUUGCUUGGAUACAUGUACUUAGGCAAAAGUUUUCUGGAGACUGGAGUGAAUGUAACGAUUGACGGGGGUGCAGAGAAAAAUGAGAACUGCACAUUAACGAUUAAGGAUAUCAAGCUGAGCAGCAGUGGAGUGUACUUCUGUGCUGCGAGAUAUCACAGUGGUAAGGGUAUAACAAUAAUUAAGCUGAAUUUUAUAAUUUAUUAUUUGGCUUGUUUUUAUAUAUUGUGUUUAUUUUUGUUUGUUGUCUGUUCAGCAGGUUCUCCCGCCAAUGAUCAGGUCGACCAGACUCCAGCCAACAUUUACACAAAAGGAGAAGAUGCUAAAAUCCACUGCUCACACAGUAUUCAAAGCUAUGAAAAAAUCCUCUGGUACAAGCAGUCAGAGAAACAACUACAACUGCUUGGAUACAUGAAUUAUGAUAAGAGUAAUCCAGAACCUGGAGUGAACGUAACAAUGGAUGGGGGUGCUGAAAAAGAUCAGAACUGCACAUUAACGAUUAAGGAUAUCAAAGCAAGCAGCAGUGGAGUUUACUUCUGUGCAGCUAGUAACCACAGUGCUGCACAUCACUGCACCCCAAUACAAAAACCAAAGUUGUUGUAUUUGUUGUUUUUCUUAAUAUAUCUAUUGGCACUCGCAGCACCUUACACCUGGAAGCAGCCAUUAUCAUGAAUGUGGUCUCAAAAAGAUCAGAUAUAAAAGGUUCGCUAUAAGCAGAAAUGCAACAUUUGA